GCGGCGGGCGUCAUGGAGCGGUUGCGCUGGCAGAUGGUGGCUGUGGCGGCCGCAGGCUUCGCGCUGGCCCUGGAGGCGCUGCCCUGGCUGCUGCGCAGGCUACGGGCUGGGCGGCCACGGCGCGAAGUCCUCUUCUUCCCGUCCCAGGUGACCUGCACGGAGGCCCUGCUGCAGGCCCCGGGCGCCGCGCCCGCCCGGCCGCCCUCGGGCUGCCCGUGCAGCCUGCCCCACUGCGAGAGCUCGCUGAGCCGCCUGCUGCGCGCGCUGCUGGCCGCCCGUGCCAGCCUCGAGCUCUGCCUCUUCGCCUUCUCCAGCCCGCAGCUGGGGCGCGCCGUCCAGCUGCUGCACCAGCGCGGGGUGCGAGUGCGAGUCAUCACCGACUGCGACUACAUGGCGCUCAACGGCUCGCAGAUCGGCCUGCUGCGCAAGGCAGGAAUCCAGGUGCGGCACGACCAGGACCUGGGCUACAUGCACCACAAGUUUGCCAUCGUGGACAAGAAGGUGCUCAUCACUGGCUCCCUCAACUGGACCACGCAGGCCAUCCAGAACAACAGGGAGAACGUCCUGAUCAUGGAGGACGCCACGUACGUGAAGUUGUUCCUGGAGGAGUUCGAGCGCAUCUGGGAAGAGUUCAACCCCACCAAGUACAGCUUUUUCCCACAAAAGAAGCGCAGUCGCUGAAGCUGGGCCCUCCCCUCCAGAGAUGCGGGGCUCGUCCUGCCCUGGAAGCCCACCAGCCUGCAGGGGGCAGAGUGUGCUGCCUGGGCAGAGGCCGUGCUGAGACCUCCACCCAGAAAGCCCCCAGUGACCCCUGCCGACUGACUGCCCUGUGUCAGGGAAGGUGGGCUGAGAGGGGAGGUCCCCGUGGUGCCAGGUCAGGGGCUGGGGCUUCACCCUUUGCCUUCCACAGUCGCUCAGCCCUGGCUCCCUGCGCCUGGUUUGGGACCUUUGCCUCGUCCUGCUUGAGAACCCAGCUCCUUGGGCUGCACAGUCGGGGUGAGCAUCCCACCCACCUUCCGAUUCCAGAAAGGUCUCUGGCGGGCUUGGUCCAGCUCAGCCUCGGGGCCUGUCCCUGGGGACCUUCUUUCCCCAUCCGGGCCUCUCCUCGCCCCACAGUGCAGCUGGCUCUUGGCACCUGUGCCAGCUCUGGUUAGAGAGUUCGAGAGGGGAGCAGCAUGGCAGGCGCUGUUGCGGGGGCCACUGUCCAGGGCCACCUCAGAGCAGGAGCUGCCAGAAAAGGCAGGCCAUCCUCCUGGGCCCCUUCCUGGCAGAGUCAGCCCUCCACAGCUACCGUCGUCUUCCUGUGGCAGCGCCGUGCUCUGCUGAUGUGGGCCGCGGUGGCCAGAAGCCACGUCUGUUUGUACAUGGUGCUCCCACUUUUAACAUCCUCGUGUCCGAGGUGGCCUUGUGUGGUCAGGAGCAGUCGCACCUGUAACCCGUGGGCCCACGAGUUCAUUCCAGCUCAGUGUGAUGCACUGUGGGGACUGGCCUGGGGAACUCCAGGCUGGGAGCCAGCCCCCACCGCGGGGCCUCUACCUGCUGUGUUGAGUGGAGGCUUGGAUGACAGGCAGCCAGGAGACAGACCUCUCUGCAUUGUGAACUGUUUCCGACUGUCACCACUUAUUUUGGCAAUGUGUAUCUUACAUUGUAGAUUGAAUAACAUCUGAAGCUAUGAUUUUGCUGCUGUUGGUGUUUUUGUAAGAUGAGCUGGGUGACUGUCACCAGGAGGGAGCGGGUGGGGUCUCCCAUCUGUAGUAGCUCAUGCUUCCGUCAACCCCUGGAGACCACUCAGCGCUGUGUGUUUCUCCCCUCCUAAAGUUACCCUUGAUUUUGUGCUAGGCAAGUCAAGGCAAAGUUUAUUUCUAAAAAAUGUAAUAGAAGCUGUAAAAUGUAAUAUACCCCAAAGUGGUUACGUUAAGUGUGUUCUUCCCAAGUUUGUUAAUGCCCAUGGUGUGUCCUGGGAGGAGAACACUUGUCACACAGAGCCUUCUGAGUGACACUGCUGUGGGAUGCCGGGCUUCUGGCACUUUUGAGUAAAUAUUGCUGAUUCUGGAACGAGAA